UUUUUUUUUUUUCCUUUCUUUGCCCUUCAUUCUAUCCAACUAUUAUUAUAUUAUUAUUAGGAACCUAAUGGAAACACUGAAUGAUGACAAGUUGGCCUAUCUUGGUGACUAUAAGGAUACCAUAGAUGUCUUACCCAUGGAAUUACAACGUAACUUUACUCUUAUUCGACAAUUAGACGAUAGUGCUCAAGAUCUUAUGGGAAAAGUGGCACAUGAAUUCUAUAGCACUUUGUCAAAGUCAAGUCAUCCCAAGUCUACUUAUGAUGCGGUUGAUCGUCAUUGCUCAAGGCUAGAUAACGAUUUACAAAAAUUUGAAGAUGAACAAUGGAUUGGACCAAGUCGAAUGGGUAGAACGCGUUCCAACUCAUUACAGCAACAAGAUACUAAUGUUAGUACUAGAACUGGACAUAAGAGAAAACAAGAACUGGAUCAAGAACAAGGGGAUUAUUUAUCAACCGAAGAUGCUGUACACAUGCUCAAACGUAAUGCAAUCAAUCUUAGUGAUCUACCUAUCGAUCCUAAUGAAACCAGUUUCUUGUUAUUGUCCGAAUGGUCUCCUAUGGUGACAAUGGUGGCAUGUGAUAAUGUGAGGUGUGAUAUCGAAUGGUUCCAUCUUGAUUGUGUUGGUUUAAGGGCUCCUCCAAAAGGGAAAUGGUAUUGCAAGAAUUGUGCCUCUGAAGUCAAGGGAAAGAAGAAACUUUAGAUACCAUAAUUUAUCAUCUAUCAUUAGUAUUAUUAUCGCCCACCCUCUUCAUUCAUUUGUACAUAUAUAUAUAUUCUCUAUUUAUUUUUGAUGCUAAUAAUAAUAAUAAAAAAACGAACGAUACCUUACU